CUCAAGCCACACGCAACGCACAACGCAGCAACAGCAGCACAGAGCCUGCCACAAAGCUGAUACUGUGACUCAUUGAAGUGACUCGUCGUGAACUGUGACUGCUACUCGUUCGGGAAUCUUCGGGCUUUCGCUCGUCUGUGACUCUGUGAAUCUGUGAAUCGGGAAACGGGAUUCGGGAAUCGGAAUCGCAGACGCCUCAUUGGAGAGUGACUGAUUUUUCGAGUGCGGAGUGUGCCACAGUGACUGGGUGACUGGGUGACCGUGUGGCAUAGUGACCGAGUGACGUAGUGGCUGUGCCUGGCGCGGGGGCAAUGAGGCAGCUUACGUAAAGACAUUUCCCCACCCCGUCCAUCGUUAAGCGAAAGAAACGCAACGCGCUCGAAUGCGUUACGUUGCGCAUGAGAUGGCGGCACGCAGUUCGCGCUACAUUGACUCCGACUCAGAUUCCGAUUCCGACGACCGCAGCAACAGCAGCAGCAGCAGCACUUGCCCCUGGGUCUAGUCCCUCAGUAGAAAAGAGUUAUCAUUCGAGAGCGUCACAAAUUGCGCGCAUGAAAUGUUGGUGGAAUACUUUAUGGCGCUGCUCGUGAUCAUGGGAUUAACCGCAACAUUCGACAAGCAGCUGAGGAGGCACCACCACAGUCGCAGCCACAGUCCAUACUUCGGUUUCCUUGCCUCUGCCAGUGAGCUCUCGAAUCUCAUUCCUGACUCGUACGAUGGUGGCAUGGAUCCGCUCUUUGACAACUCGACAAAUCGUGAGAUCAUCGCCGCCUUGGGCACCACAGCCCGUCUCCACUGCCGUGUGCGGCAUCUGGGCGACAGAGCAGUGUCCUGGAUCCGACAGCGGGACCUGCACAUCCUCACCAUCGGCAUCAUGACCUACACGAAUGACCAGCGCUUUCUGGCGCGCCACAUCGACAACUCCGACGAGUGGGUACUCAAGGUGGUGUCCGUGCAACCGCGCGAUGCCGGCAUCUACGAGUGUCAGGUGUCCACAGAGCCCAAAAUCAGUUUGGCCUACAAACUAAUGGUCGUGACUUCCAAGGCGCAAAUCCUUGCGAAUCGAGAGCUCUACAUCCAAAGUGGCAGCGACAUCAAUCUCACGUGCAUUGCCCCACAGGCGCCGGGGCCGUACACGCACAUGCUGUGGCACAAGGACACGGAGCUGGUGAGCGACUCGACGCGCGGCGGCAUCCGCGUCGUGUCCGAGCAGCAGAUGAAGACCAGCAACCUGGUGAUAUCCCGCGUGCAACACACGGACUCUGGCAAUUACACGUGCUCUGCGGAUAAUUCAAAUUCUGACAGCGUCUUUGUGCAUAUCAUUAAGAGCGAACAGCACGCGGCCAUGCAGCAUGAGGUGGGGGCACGUCUGGAACUGCCACACCUCUGUCUGCUGCUCCUUCUGCUAGCGGCAUCGCUGCGACCUCUGUAAGGAGGCGCCAUCAGGCGCUAAGUCGAACGGUAACGUAUGUUCAAUGUCUGGAGCCGAGAGCCGGCACCUGGAGCCUGGAGGAUGUUACUGCCAUCAGGAGCACAUCAGCCGUUCUGCAUUACAUUAUAGCCAUGCCCCAUGCCCCAUGCCCCGUGCCCUGUGCCCCAUGCCACACGAGGCACGCUAACGACGUCGCCGUCUUUCUCUCUCUCUCGUUGGAAAAUCUUGAGAGAAUCUCUUUUGUAAAUAUGUAAAUUGAGUUUUUGGUCUUGUGUUUUUUCUGGGUUUUCUGUGCUUUAAGUAUUUUUAUACGUAAUUAAGUCGACAAAAAAUACAUGACAUAUGCAUCCCCCAGAUGCAGAUACACGAUACGCGAAUAUAUAACAGAUAUAUAUACACACAAAAGAUAAUACACCCGAUCUAAAGGAUCAAAGGGAUCGCAAGGAUCCUUGGGGCAUCCAUAAACUAGAGAUACGAAUCGAAUGAAUCCGCUAAACGAAUAACGAAAUUGUAAAUAAAUGUUUAAUCUUAAAUAAUCUUUAAAGAAA